CCCGCACCCACACAGAAACACCUACCAUCCACAUUCCUACAAGCUGUUGUCUCCAUUCUCUCUCUGCAAUUUCUCUCUAAACAAAUCUCAUUUCAAAGAGGAAUCGUAGAGUCUUUCUUUCUUCGCUAAACAACAAGAAAAUGGAGGCAAUGAAAAUGAAGGUCUUUGCUGUCUUGAUGGUGGUCUUGAUGGCCUUUUCAACCAUGCAAAAGGCAACAGCUGCCGAAGCACCAGCACCAGGCCCAGCAUCUGAUGCCACCAUCUUUGUUCCCACAUUCUUGGCAUCGUUUGUUGCUCUUGCUUUUGGGUUCUUCCUUUGAGCCACCCAACUUCAACUCAUUAGAUGCUUUACCGUGUUUUUUUCUCAUUUCUUUCCCUACCAAUCUUUCUUUCUCCCUCUCUGAUCACAUUUCUUUACUCUUUUGUAAUCUUGGAUCUUUCACGCUACAACAUGGGAGAGACAAAGGAAA